GGAGAUGCUGCUGUUCUUCCCCUGGAGUCUGGAGACCAGCUAACCCCGUCACCCCCCGGCAUGUCGUCAAGAGCUCCAGGAACAUGAGCACCAGGGGAGACCAGGGAGGCCGCUUCUGCCUUGUAGCUGAACUCAAAGGUGCCCUCGAUCGUUUCAAGCUUCCUCCACCCACCUCUCAGCUGUAUUGGGUGGGUCCAUCCUGCAAAAAAUGUGGUUAGUUUAAGGCGUGUUGCAACUUCCCCUUUUCUUUCUUCUGCGAGGUACAAGUGCCACUUACCCUGCACGAGCAGCCCUCACUGCUACCUCUGCCAGGGUCUCCUGCUGACAGACCAGUGCAGGAUCCAGGCUAGGCAGCAGAGCCUCCGGUCCCUCCCUGACAGAAUCCCGGCUCUGACCUCUGCUCCGUCGGCUGGCUUGUCUUUGUGCUUUCUCUAGCGCUGGGCUUUGCUCUUCCUCAGGGCUUGCCGGUUCCUCAGAAGAUGCUUGCUCCAGGGCUAAGCCGGUCAGUAGAUCCCUCUCUCCCUCCUCUCCUAACUGACAUCCCCGAGGCCAGGGUCAGCCUGCUGAACAGCGUGGACUCCUGUCUGCAGCUGGCAGCCAGGCAGAACAUCAACCUCAUCCUGCAGCACUACAAUUACACGGGGAAGCUGGGCCGACGGCGGCCCCAGGAGGACAGGAUGGGCCUCCUCAAGGUGGCCUUCAUCAUCGUUAGCUGCCUCAUCGUGGUGGAGAACCUGCUGGUGCUGAUCGCCAUCGUGAAGAGCCUGCGCGCCCGCCGGUGGGUCUACUCCUGCAUCGCCAGCAUCACGGUGAGCGACCUGCUGGCCGGGGUGGCCUAUAUCUGCAACCUCUGCCUGUCGGGCAGCAGGACCUUCCAGCUGACGCCGGAGCUGUGGUUCCUCCGGGAGGGCGUCCUCUUCAUCGCCCUGGCCGCCUCCACCUUCAGCCUGCUGGUGACGGCCGUCGAGCGCUACAGCACCAUGGUGAGACCCAUUGCCGAGAACGAGGCCAGCAAGACCUUACGCCUGCGCAGUCUCAUCGUCUCCUGCUGGGCCUUGGCCGUCCUCAUUGGGAUGCUGCCCCUGCUGGGCUGGAACUGCCUGUGCGACUUCCCCAGCUGCUCCACGCUCCUGCCCCUCUACUCCAAGAACUACGUCCUCUUCUGCGUGGUCAUGUUCAGUAUGAUCCUGCUGGGCAUCAUCGGCCUCUACGCCUCCAUCUACCACCUGGUCCGGGCCAGCUCCCAGCAGGCCAGCACCCGCCACAGCCGCACCCGGUCCCUGCGGCUGCUCAAGACCGUCCUGAUGAUCCUGGGGGCCUUCAUUCUCUGCUGGAGCCCGCUCUUCGCCUUGCUGCUCCUCGACGUCUUCUGCGAGUCCCAGGCCUGCAAGCCCCUGCAGGGCAUGGACUGGGCCCUGGCCCUGGCAUUGCUCAACUCAGCCAUCAACCCCCUCAUCUACUCCUUCCGCAGCCUGGAGGUGCGCCGGGCCGUGCUGCGCUUCCUCUGCUGCUGCUGCAUCCGCCUCGGGCUCCAUGGGCCCGGGGACUGCUUGCUCAUGGCCGAUAUCAACUCGGGAUCCUCGACUGAGAGCUCCCUGCGGACUCGCGAGAGCUUCCGCCGCUCCGUGGUGCUCAACCCCCGGGCUCGGCCUAGGGAGCCUCUCUCCAGCAACUCCAGCAUGAUGAGCAACCUUACCAGUAACUGAGGGGACGGCGGCAGGCUCCAGGAGGGGGCCUGCCCAUGGGGACUUGCCCUCAUGGCCGGGACUGGCUGUCAGGAGUAAGGUCUGGCAGCUGCUCCCGCUCGGGCUCCUGAUAGCCUCAUGGGAACAGGUGGCCCUGACUGACUGAAGAAGCUAGCAGGCUUGCUCUAAAGCCCAGAAGCAGCAGCAGAAAUUAUGCUGGCUGCUCAAAACAUUUCCCACGGCUUCUGCCCUGCCUGCCCUCCCUCCAUCCCUCCAGAUAACCUGGUUCUGACCCUCGGCUCUGAUUCCCGGCUGCUGAAUCUGAUUCCGAUCCUGGGCUUUGACUCCAGCUGUGACCCUUGGGUCUGGCCUCUGACGCCAGCUGCUCUAACCACUAGGCAUGGCCACCCAUACAUCCUGGUCCCUGACACUGGGCACUUGCUUUUAGAAGAGGGUGGGGGGGGCAUAAAAGAGAUGACUGCAGAGAACUGGAUGCCGGUGGAUCCGGUGCCGGAAGGAAUAUGACACCCCUAAGACUUGGGUUCAGCACAGCCUAAGGCUGAGCAGGGAAGUGAGCUCAGGGCUGCUGUAUGUGACUGAGGCAAAGUCAUUCCUCUUCCAAUGCGUGUGUCAGCAAGUACUGGCCGGGCUAUUGUUUCAGUGUGUCUGGGGUGUGCAUGGAGUUCUGGGCUGGACGCUGCGUCUGGGUGUAGGCUGUGCCCAUGGUUAUGGAGUGGGCACUGCUCCAGGCUCUAGUGCACAAUGUGCAGCCCCAGGGCGGAGGGGCAGCUUGCUUGCUCGCAGAUUGUGGCGAGCGGCGACUCUCCCUCCCUGCGAUGCAGCUGAUGAACCGUGGGCGUUCGACCCCUGGGGAGCGAAGCCAUCCAGCGAUUCCCAUCCCCAGCUCGCCAGGCCGAUGCAGCCCCACAGCGAGAGCCCGGCCGACCUGGCCGGGCGUUGGAAUGAAAUGGAUCAACCGCUUAGGUGCAGCCAGUGAAUCUGGGAGUGGGACAGCGUUAACCACCCCCAGUGGGGACAUAGCUGCAACCACUGGCCUGACUCCAUUCCUGCGGGCCAGGUGCUGUGCCGGGGCACACGGUGCAUGUGUCACAGCCCUGGCAGCAGUGGCUUACAGGCCUGCUGUGCCUCUGGCCCAUGGCAUAGGGUAGGUCUGCAAUUAGGGGCCUGACAGUGUUCCAGGCUGGAUGGGCUGCCCGCCAUGCUGAAUGGCACCGAUCCAGGGGGUGGGUGCAGCUGUCGCUUGACAGGUCCAGCUCGGGGGGUCGGGCACUCUUCCAGCACGUCGGCCAGCCUGGCACCCGCUCAGCUCUCCCUGUGGCGAAUGGCUAGCCCUGGUCAGGGCAAAGGAGCUGGCUCCGGCUGCGGAACUGCGCCGGCCGGGCAGGGCACUUACUCCCCGGGACUUCCAGGGGCUUUGGGUCGGGCCCUUAGGGAUGCGGCUCCAUUUCCCCUUCCUCUCCAACCUGGUAUGGAAGGGACAGCGAGCGCAACGCGGCAUCUUUCCAGGAACCAUUUGCAAACAGGGUUUUGCAACAGGCAACUUACACCAUUGCACCAAGGGUCCGGGGGUGUGUGCGUGUGAAUCUGUGCCCCAAACCCUGCCAUACAUUGUGUAGGGCGAGGAUUCCCAGGAAAGAGAGAGGCAUUUAUGGGCCCAAUCCUGAGGACUCUACUCAACGCCCCCCCCGAAGUCAAUGGGAAUUUGCCUGAAAGAAGCAAUACAAGAUUUGCUCAGGUAUGAAUUUAAUCUCCCAAUAGGCCAGUCCCCAACCUACAGAGGGGAAACUGAGGCCCCAGGGUCAAAGCUAGGGAUUGAACCCAGGAGUCCUGACUCCUACUCCCAGGCUUGAGCCUUAUAACAGUGAGGAAGCCUGAGAUUGCAU